CUUUUAAUUAAUUAAUUAAUUAAAAGAUUUCUCCGUUUCUUUUGAAAUGGCUUCGAGUUUUGAUCGGUGGGAAAAGGAUCCUUUCUUCUCUGUUGCUGAAGAAGUACAGCAAUCCGCUGACAGGAUGGAAUCGACAUAUAGGACAUGGAUACACGCGAUAAAAGACGAUUCUUCUGCAUGGAAUUUAGAGGAACUUGGUAGGGAUCUACGUACAGCUAUUAGCACUACCAAAUGGCAGUUAGAGGAGUUUGAAAGGGCUGUUCAAUUGAGUUCCCCGAGCGAGGAAGCUAGAGAUAGGCAUUGUGAUUUCAUCUCAGCACUUAAGGAUCAGAGUUUAAAGAUUGAAAAAUAUUUGCAGGAAUCAGCCUGUUCAGAGGUUAAAUCAUCAAUGCAUUUGGAUGAAGGUGAACGCAAUGAACUAGCUUUAUUUUUGUCCGCACCGCAUCUAACCAGAGAUUUCUUGAAGAAUGCAGUUCAGUCUAUUGAGUUGAGCUCAUCUGAGGCUAACAGCGAGAAGUCAGUUGGGAUCAGGAGAGCUGCUAGUGCUGCUGACAUUGGUGCUUGGAAGAUUGCAAUUUUAGAUGAUGUUUCACAGAAAAACUCUUCCAAUGGUAGGUCCAUUCUUCCACCACGAAGGGCACCAAGCUCUGGUUCCCUAAGUUCCAAGGAAUCUGCAGCCACGGAGGAGUUGUCAAAGAAUAGCAUCAGGAAGUCAAAGGGAAAUGAUGAAUGCUAUGAAAAGAAUAGUGGUGGUGUGGAUAGUGAUGAUAAGCAACUUAAUGGUUGGUAUGAGUCUAUUCAAAGACAGCUUCGAAGGUCUCAGCAUCAAACGAAAAGUAACCCGUUUACUAAUAUAGCAGUUUGGGCUUUAAUGUUCAUCUGCUUGAUUGUUUUGAUCGUAUUGCAUAACAUAUGAAUAGGACACACUUGGACCAGCAAUUUAUAAUCAGUGGCAAAUUUUUUGGUCUAAAGUCCUUGAGGUGUAUAUGUUGCACAUAUUAUGCUUUCACCAGAUGAUUUGCCUGUUUACAUCUAAGGAGAAGGUAGCAUGAUGAAAAGCAAGAGCACCAUUUGUUCCUUCUCUUUCCCUUGACCACUUCUUGCCUCUCCCUUCCAACUUCGGUUUUUCUGAUGAAGGGCAGAUCCUGUAGUUCAGUAAGGAUCUGAGGGAUUAGGGAGUUGAACUGAGGCUGUCCGAUCAUUUAAUCCAUAUUCUCUGUUUUCCUUGGUAAAUUGUAUUAAUAGCCUGUAUCAUUUGAAUCCUCCCUUUCCCACCUUUUCCUUUUCUUUUCUAUUGUAACCAAUUAGGAUAUGGAAGGGGAAAAGAGAAAACGUCUGUUGCUACAAUAUUGUAAUAAUAAUCGAAAUAUGGUAAGUUGGUAAC